ACGUUUCUGCUCUGUUUUUGGAUUGCCAAAAACCAUCCAAACUGACAAGGGCACCAACUUUACAGCAAAGCUGUUUGCCCAAGUGCUUCACCAACUGAAUGUUGAGCAUAAAACUUCCUCUGCCUUUCACCCUGAGUCUCAAGGAGCUCUUGAACGGUUUCAUCAAACCCUAAAAACUCAGCUGCGUAUUUUUUGUCUAGAAACUGGAAAAGACUGGGAUGAGGGGUUGCCUCUCCUAAUGUUUGCUCUUAGAGAAGUUGUGCAAGAGUCAACUGGCUUUAGCCCUGCUCAGCUUGUGUUCGCACACACAGUGCGUGGUCCCUUAAAACUGCUGAAGGAUCAGCUUUUGGGUGAAAAGGGUGCUCUGCAAAGUAAUUUGUUAGAUUUUGUUGGCAAAUUUCGUGAAAGGCUCCAUAAAGCAUGUGAGGUUGCCCAGAGGUCCCUUUUGUCUGCACAAUCUUCCAUGAAAGAACGUUUUGAUAAACAGGCAGUACACAGAGAGUUCAAGCCUCAUGACCAGGUGUUAAUUCUAUUACCUGUGUCUGGUUCUGCCCUACACACCAAGUUCUCAGGUCCUUAUGAAGUGGUUAAGAAAUUAAGUGAAGUCAAUUAUGUAGUCUCUACUCCUGACCGUAAACGACGGCACCGUGUAUGCCACAUCAAUAUGCUGAAACCAUACUUGGUUCGUGAAGAUUCGCCCUCUGCUAGCAUUAAGCCUGCUCUGGUCUCUGUGGUGUCUGAACCAGAAAGUGUAACUAACGUUGAUGAUGAAUUAAUGCAAUCAUCUGUUUCUGUUCUGUCUGCCCAUCUUCAGAAUUCUGAGUUGCUGCCCACAAUUGAUUCACACCUGCAACAUCUCCCCGAAGAUGCUCGCGCUGACUUGAAGAUGGAGCUGUCCUGAGCUGCUGGGUGCUGAAGAUGAAGCCCUUCCUGGAGAGAGAAUAAAAAGGAGGGAAAAUGAAAGACAGAGGCCCCUACUCCUCCAUGCUUGUUUGUGAUGCCAUUUGUGUAACUGUGAGCCCUAUUUUGGUAAAGACC